AUGGAUGACGACAGGAGACCACCCUCCCCGGAGCCUAGUGAGCAGUCGGUUCCCCCAGAUACUCCACGAUCUGCAGCAGGUCAGGCAGGCCUAGCCGGAGUGUACCAGCUUAUGGCACAAGUGCUGCAACAGCAGCAGAUGAUGCAGCUGGCCGCUAUGCCACCGGCAGGCACCUGCUAUGAGAGGUUUCGCCGACUAAACCCUCCGACCUUUGAGGGUGGGCCUGACCCUAUGGCAGCAGAAGCAUGGAUCCGGGAAAUAGAGAAGAUGUUCCGAGCUCUUCUUUUCCCCGAUGAGGUGAAGGUCCAGAUGGCGACCUCUAUGCUGACAGGAAACGCCGAGUUCUGGUGGACGGCCAUGGAGACAGCCUAUGCCGUCGACGGACUUACAUGGAGGGACUUCAAGAGGUUGUUUUACAACCAAUAUUUUCCGGAUUCAGUCAACCAGUCUAAGCAGAAUGAAUUCUUGGCGCUGACCCAGACCGACCGAAUGUCUGUUCUGGAGUAUGCCAAUAAAUUCAACGAGCUGGGACGAUUUUGCCCCCAGUUCAUGGAGGAGGAGAGAAGUAAGGUAAACCAGUUUGAACAGGGAUUGAGGUACGGGAUUCGAUCCCGAAUAUCCUCCCAUCUGUUCUCAAGCUACAAGGAUGUACUGGACCGAGUCUUGAAGGUUGAGGCUGACCUAAUACGGUCCGGGAGGGAGAGAGAAGACAUGAAGAGGACCCGAUUGUCGGGAGCUCAGAGUAGUGGGUCUGGAGGCAGCAAGGGAUCUGUGCCCAAGAAGAGACAGAGCAGAGGCUGCCCCACCUGUGGCGGAAACCACAAGGGUACCUGCAUGAAGAAGACUGGAGCUUGUUAUUCUUGCGGGCAGACAGGACACAUCGCCCGCAACUGCCCUAGCCGAAGGAAGGACGAGCCUAGACAAACUGCACCAGAGGACCAGAGAUCGAGGGGUAACCCUCGAGUUUUCGCACUGACUCGACAGGAUGCCAGUGCUAGCGAUCAGUUAGCUUUUCCAGACAACUACAUAGCACAUCUGAGAAAUUAG